AUGUCUAACUUUCCAGUUGGUCGUAUACAUCGUUUGUUGCGUAAAGGAAACUACGCAGAACGUGUCGGAGCUGAUGCACCAGUGUACUUGGCCGCCGAAGUGUUGGAAUUGGCCGAUAACGCUGCCCGUGACAACAAAAAGACUCGUAUCAUUCCUCGUCACUUGCAAUUGGCCAUCCGCAACGACGAAGAGUUGAACAAAUUGCUUUCGGGUGUCAAAAUCGCUCAAGGUGGUGUAUUGCCAAACAUUCAAGCAGUCUUGUUGCCAAAGAAGACCGAGACAAAAAAAGCCUAA